AUGGUAUUUGCAACCAUGGGUUCCGCAAUUUUUGAUUUCAUAAGACUACUAAUUACUUUUUGGAACUAUAAGAUCCUUAACCUUCUAAAUAUAAUAUUUGCUAUAUUCUUAUUAAGCAUAUUCAUGGAUCUUGUCUUAGGAAUUGGUGUUCCACUCAAAAUUAAAGGGAUUUUUGCUAUCCCAGGCUAUCCUAUAGUUGGAAACUUAUUCCAAGUUCUCAAUAAUCCCGCUUUAGUAUAUAUUCAAUGGGCAAACAAAUAUAAUGCCAGUAUAUUUCAAAUUAGGUUAGGGUUUAAGAGAAUAAUUGUCGUUAAUUCAUUUGAAGAUGUUAACAUUUUAUGGACCAAGCAUUCUUGUUCUAAUAAUUCUAGACCAGUACAAUAUAUCUUCCACGGGAUUGUUUCUGCAACUCAAGGGUUUACAGUUGGUUCAACACCUUCUGGUCCUUCGUAUAAAAGGAAGAAGAAAGUUAUAUCUCAAAGUCUAAAUCAAAAAAGUGUUAAUAACCUAUCAAGUGUAAUUGAUAACGAAACAAAAUUUACUAUUAAGAAUAUCAUACAAAAUAAUAGAGAAUUAUUUGGCCCUCCUUCCUGCAAUAAUUAUAGGUAUACCAGAACAAUUAUAUCAGAUAUUGACUUGUUGUGUUAUGCUCAAUUAUAUUCUUUAAGAAGUGCUAUAUUCUUAACCUAUGGCUUGCAUUUGGAUGUAUAUGAUUCAGAAGCAGAUCUUGCAAAGGAAAUUAUCGAAGUGGAAAGCAAUAUCAUGAAGUUUAGAGCUCCUGUUUCUAACUUACAAGACUAUAUUCCAAUACUAAGAUACUUACCAUUUGGAAAAAGCAUGCAAGCUCAACAUUACAGGAAUAGGAGAGACGCUUAUAUGAAUAAGCUAUUUCAACAGUUGCAAGAAAAAAUCUUGGAAGGCGAUGUAGAUUCAUCAAAUAGUCUUGUUGGUGUCGCUAUAAAGAACAUGGAAUUGACGCUGAAAUUGACAUCCGCUGAGCUUCAGAGUAUUUGCUUAACGAUGGUUAGUGCUGGAUUGGAUAAUACCUCUUUGAAUUUUAAUCAUUUAAUGGGCCAAUUAUCGCAGCCUACUACUGGAUACAUUUACCAACGUAAAGCGUUUGAAGAAAUGAUGUCUAGAAAUAAAAAUAACAUAUGUACAGCAUGGGAUAAUGCUGCAAUUGUAAUGGAUUGUUCUUAUGUCAUUGCACUAAUUAAAGAAACUCUUAGAUAUUUUACCGUCUUACCUCUAGGAUUGCCGCGUAUUACAACUAAGGAUAUUACAUAUAAGGAUGCCAUUAUACCCAAGAAUUCCAUAUUAUUUAUGAAUUCUUAUGCAGCAAAUCAUGAUCCCAAUAUUUACAAAGACCCAAUGCGUUUCAUACCUGAAAGGUGGUUAGAUCUGAUAACGGGUUUAGUGUUAUCCAAAUAUGAAAUUAGCCAUUUUUCCUUUGGAGCUGGUUCUCGUAUGUGCUCUGGAAAUCAUUUGGCAUUUAAGGAGCUAUAUACCUUGACUUGUCGAAUGAUUUUAACGUUCCAAAUUCGAAGACCGACAUCAAAUAAGUUUUUAAUGGAAUUGGACCCUUUUAAAAACAAUUCAAAUCCAAAUGCCAUUUCAUUUGAGCCGAAAUUGUUUAAAGUCAGAUUAGAGCCAAGAAUUCAUAAUAGAAGUGAUGAUUUGUAUAAUAAGAUAUUGAGAAGUUAA